AUGGCUGCGCUGCGGAGGCUCCUGUGGCCGCCGCCGCGGCUACCGCCUGCGCUGUCCCCUCACCAGCCCUUCCUGGGGCCGUGCGGACGGCCUGCAGAGACGGUCCCCACGUUCCCAGGCCGGCCGUUCUCGUGCCGCGAAGAUGAAGAGGGCGCCGUGGCGGACGCGGUGUGGCGGCGGCGGCGCUGGGGGGAGCUGAGCAUCGCCGCGGCGGCCGGCGGGGGGCUGGUGGGCCUCGUGUGCUACCGGUUGUACGGGGACCCCGCGGCCGACCCGGGCCUCCCGGUCGAGAGCGCAGCAGCACAGCCCGAGGACACGCCCCGAGGCCGGGGGCUGCUGCCCAUCCCCGUAGCCGCUGCCAAGGAGACGGUUGCCCUUGGUAGAACAGAUAUUGAAGAUUUAGACCUCUAUGCUACAUCACGAGAGAGACGAUUUCGUUUAUUUGCUUCUAUAGAAUGUGAUGGGCAGUUAUUUAUGACUCCAUAUGACUUUAUUUUGGCUGUUACAACUGAUGAGCCUAAAUUUGCUAAAACAUGGAAGUCACUUUCUAAGCAGGAAUUAAAUCAAAUGCUCUCAGAAACACCACCAGUUUGGAAGGGAUCAUCAAAGCUGUUUCGCAAUCUUAAAGAAAGAGGUGUGAUUUCUUACACAGAAUAUCUUUUCCUUUUAUGUAUUUUAACAAAGCCACAUGCAGGUUUUAGAAUAGCCUUCAACAUGUUUGACACUGAUGGCAAUGAGAUGGUGGAUAAGAAGGAGUUUUUGGUGCUUCAAGAGAUAUUCAGGAAAAAAAAUGAAAAGAGAGAGACUAAGGGAGAUGAAGAAAAGCGUGCAAUGUUGCGUCUUCAACUUUAUGGAUACCAUUCUCCUACUAAUAGUGUACUUAAAACAGAUGCAGAGGAAAUUGUCUCCAGAAGCUAUUGGGAUACACUGAGGCGUAACACGAGCCAAGCACUCUUUUCAGACCUCGCAGAGCGUGCUGAUAAUAUCACAAGUUUGGUGUCGGAUACAACCCUACUGGUACACUUUUUUGGAAAGAAAGGAAAAGCUGAGCUCAACUUUGAAGAUUUUUAUAGAUUCAUGGAUAACCUCCAAACAGAAGUUCUGGAAAUAGAAUUCCUUUCCUACUCUAAUGGAAUGAAUACCAUCAGUGAAGAGGAUUUUGCUCAUAUUCUGUUACGAUAUACAAAUGUAGAAAAUACAUCAAUAUUUUUGGAAAAUGUGCGCUACAGUAUACCUGAAGAAAAGGGCAUCACAUUUGAUGAGUUUAGAUCAUUUUUCCAGUUUCUGAACAACUUAGAGGACUUUGCAAUUGCACUCAAUAUGUAUAACUUUGCAAGCCGUUCUAUAGGACAAGAUGAAUUUAAACGUGCUGUCUAUGUAGCAACUGGACUGAAACUUUCACCACAUUUAGUGAACACUGUCUUCAAGAUUUUUGAUGUUGACAAAGAUGAUCAAUUAAGUUAUAAAGAAUUUAUUGGAAUUAUGAAAGACAGACUUCAAAGAGGAUUUCGGGGUUAUAAAACAGUCCAGAAAUAUACCACUUUUAAAUCCUGUCUGAAGAAGGAACUUCAUAGCAGAUAAAUACUCCUAAAACAAGAAUGAAAGGAGUACAAUCUAUGUGACAAAUACAAGAAGCAAAACUUUCUAAGAGGUGGUGCAAGUCUGAAAUCAGAUUUUGUAGAAAGUCAAGGAGAGGUUAAAUAUUUGAAUUCUUAAAUACAAACAGAUACGAAUGCAUCUCUGUAUUACAAAUGUUAGCCCUGGGUUCAAUCCCCAGCUCCGCCAAAAGAAGAAGUUACUGCAAAUGUUAAAUAUGGUUGAGUUGAGCUUUUGCAUUGAUUUCAUGAACUCUGCACUUCUUCAUUCCCUUCUGAAUUAUGUGGAUACUUCCAGUGACUAUAUGAGAAUGGACUUAAUUAUUUAUUUAUUUAUUUAUUAUAGAUUUGCUUUAUUUCAAAAUAAUUUAUGAAUCAUAGACUAUACAGAUCACUUCAAAUGGACAGCACAUUUUCUUUUGUUUUUGAUUGUGAACUUAUUUGCACAAAAUGAAUAUUACUUCAGAUUUGUCUUAGGACCCUUAGAGUUAUUGUUAGCGCACCUAUUAUUAAUUACAUUGAAAUACUUUUGGAAAACAAAAAUAAAUUAGGUUAUUAAAUGACAGGAUGGUUUACAUUAACUUUAGAAGGAUUUAUGUAACAGAUGGUGUUGCGUUUUUAUUUCAGUUUAUGUUGUUUUGUUGUGUUUUGUUUUAACUUUUUGCCAAAGCCAACAGGAUGUCAGGAUUUUAUGUAUACAGUGAAGAAAUCUAAAAUGCAGGUUUGUUUAAAAAUAAAGAAUAUUUGUUUAUGGUUAGAAGCAAGAGCAGUUGUAAUAGUAAUUGAUGUAUCAGUACUUUACACAAUGCUGCUCUUGAUUGCAAGUGGUAUGUGUUAACAACAGAAAAAGUUGUUUCCCACAGUUUUGUAAUUCACUGCCCAUUGUUACCAUAUGUCUGUAGUGUGAAAUAAGUAUUGUACAAGAGUAAAAUAAAGUAGAUUAGAAGACUGAUGUGUGUUUAGGCAGAAGAUAAUGUUUCUCACAAAAGGACCACAUAUAAAAUAGAUGCAAAUAGUUAGCAGUAAUAAUCAUUUAAAUCAUUAAUUAUUUCAAAACAGUAUGUCUUAAAAGGGAAAAUAAAACUUUCUGUUGGGCAGAAAACCCAUUCCCGAGGCCAAGUCUGAAGGUUUGCAGAUUUAAGGUCUGUGUGGAUAUAAGCUUAAGACCAGCCUGUAUGACUUAGUUAAGACCUAAAAAGAAAAGAGUGGAAGAAAUAGCUCAAUUCAUUCCCAACACUUCAAAGUAAAAAUUAAAAAUAGAAAAAGGAAAAAUAACACAAUUAGAUUUUACACUGAGAAAAAAUUUGAGGUUGCUUAAUAGAAACUUGUCUAAUUAAUAGCAUUAAUUCAUGUAAUGAUAUUAUAAAAUAAUAUAAUGAAUUUAAGUUAGUAUUUUUACAUAUUGUAUGUGGACGAUAAGUUAAUUUAUGGUCUUUUCUGAGACAUAUUUAAUGUAAAGUACAUACACUCCAACUUUGAUGUUACAUAUGAAAAUAGCAAACAUUGACUUUUUAUAAGUUAUUAAAUGUGAAAUUGAUCUGCAUCAGCUUAUUUAUAAAAGUAAUGUUAUAUCCAAGAAAAUGUUAAUGGCAUUGAUUUUGUGUUUUUUAGACUUUUUCACAUUAUUUGUCUGGUAUUAUUUAUUGUACCAAUAUAGCAACACAAAUGUACAAAUUUAAGAUUCUUAGAUAAUAUAAUUUAAUUUUUAUCUUCUUUAAAGUUUGAGUCAAUUGAUUGAUUAUACAGUGAAGCAUACCUACUCAUUUAUGAUGUGUCGGGUCCAUUAUGCUAUAUACAUUGAAUGUUUUCAGUGAUACUUGUUAUGUAACAUAAUUGAAAAAUACAAAUGAAUUUUUGACGAUAAGUUAUAUUAUCAUAUACAUGGAAAAUAUUGUAAAUAAAAGUUUAAAUUAGAUUAGCCUAUUUAAAGUCUAGUCAUCCUCCCACAGAAAAUACUAUGCUACAUACAUAAUAAUUCUUUAAUGUUUAUCAUUGUGAGUGGGUGAAUAUCUGUUUGUAAGGCUGCACCAUAAUGUACAAAUGAGAAUAAAAUACUCUGAUCACUGGAAA